UCUACAUUAAAACACAUUCCAGAGGCCUGUUAUUGAUUCAGAAAUCCCCACUAAAGUCUCAUAGUUGCCUCCAUCUUAAGAGAAAAGCAGUGUGAGGGUUUUCAAAUCUCCCUCCUCUUCAUUUUGUGUCUUUAUCUCAUGACAAUUAUCAUCUAAUCUGAUCACACAUGAUCACAUUAAUGUCUCAUUGCACAUACUAAUAUAAUUUGCUGCAUCCAAGCACCGGCUUUAUUGUAAUAUGUGACAGAGACAAGACUUGUUGUGUCAUCCUCGUGCAUUACAUCACCUGCUGCCCCCGUGGCUUUGCAGGCUUUUGUACCAAGCUGAUUUGAAAAGCCUUUAUCACAGCGGUAAGCAUUCAAUUUGAUGUCCGCCUGUAGCACUUCCUGGCUAAUAAAAUUACACUGAAGUCAAUGAGCUCUGGUUACAGGAGAAACGCAGGUACAUAUUGGUUUCCUGCUGUACACAGGUGGAACUGAAAUAACACAUGAAUGAGGUUGAUCAUCAGCAAGUCACGGAGUUCAGUCACAAAUAGAGUCAUUAAAUAAAUAUUAGAAUAUAAUAAAUCUUCCUGUAAUGCUGCUUUUAAGCGUUUUUGUUGUUGUUUUAUAUGUUUUUGAUGCUUUACAUUAGUGCGUAAAAUGUGCGUAAUUUGCGUAAUAUUUGUGCCAAAGCCCUUUCCAGCUCCACGUUAAGGUGUGAUAAUCCCCGGACCGUUUAUUCAAUUUACUGACAGGUGAUUGCGGCUCGUGCACGCCCCCCAAAAAACCCCGAGACAUUCUCCUCUUUAAUCUAAUUGGAUGGUAAGUGGGUGCGUACUGUUGAGCCCGGAGCCAAAACGCUUGCGCGGCCUUUUUUCUUUGGAGUCUAUUCUCGUCACAGCCCCUCGCGGUUUCAUCUCAAAUCCCAUUUGCUAUUGUACCUGCCCAAUAGCAGAGACCGAGCGCGUUUUAACUCGGAUGGCAUUUAUUAUUCCAUCAUUACAAUCCGGCGCAAGUUUGACGCAGUGAGCUCUCAGUCUGAUCAGGAGGCAUCUGGCCACUUUUCCCUUCUCCUUUUUUCUCUCGCAUAGUUUUAACUCAGACAGUAAGAUCAUCUUUUUCAAGUGUUUUUUGUCCUCUUGAUAAGUUUUGAUGGUGAUCCACAUCGGUCAGUGAACGGUGAUGGCAGACUCUGAUGCGCAAGAGACUCGCCAACCCGCAAAGGACUCGCCGUUCUCCAUCAAGAACCUGCUGAACAUCGAAGACAAACCCACGAAGCCGAAAACGUUCCUCGGCUCAUCCAAAGGAGUGUUUGAGGGCAGCUUCUUCUCUCGGCUCGGUGACUUGUCUUUCCCUCGGUUUGAGUUGCCCACACAGAGAAUUGGACUAUCGGCGCAGUAUUUGGAGAGAGCGUCUACCUGGUGGUACCCAUACACACUCGGGACUCAUCUGAGGACUGGAGGGUCUGAGAAGGCCAACCUAAGGGAAGCAUCACCGACACCGGACAGGCGCUCCCCGGAUCUCCCAAAAAGUGACCAAGAUGCCAAAGAGGAAAGCGCCGACGACGACAUCGCGCUGGAUGACAGUGACUCUGAGGAGCCAAAGAAAGAAAUAGACCAGGAGGACGACUGGAGGCGGAAAACGGACGAACUGGACUCCGAGAGGAAGCCGUGUCGGAAGAAGAAGACGCGCACGGUGUUUUCCAGGAGUCAGGUCUUCCAGCUGGAGUCCACCUUCGACAUCAAGCGCUACCUGAGCAGCUCGGAGCGGGCAGGCCUGGCCGCGUCCCUGCACCUGACGGAGACGCAGGUGAAGAUCUGGUUUCAGAACCGGAGGAAUAAGUGGAAACGGCAGCUGGCCGCGGAGCUGGAGGCGGCCAACCUGAGCCACGCGGCGGCGCAGAGGAUUGUGCGGGUUCCGAUACUUUACCACGAGAACGGAGCCCCGGAAACGGCCGGGGGCCCCGCUGCAAACUCACCGGGCAGCCAGUCGCUCCUGGCUUUUCCCCAUCACAUGUACUAUUCCCACCCGGUCCCACUGCUGAGGCCUGUUUAACACUGACUGUGGCAUGACGCGCUGUACAUAUGUUUUUAAAUGAGAGUGACCAACAUUGGAAAAAAAUAAAUUUUGUAUAUUUUGUAGAGUCACAAUGUUAUUGUUAUUAUUAUUAUUAUUAUUAUUAUUAUUAUAUGUAACCAUCGUUCAUCCUGCUGAAGCGCAAGUCUCUACGGCUCCAAUCUAAAAUUAUUAUUAUUACUGGUGAAAUUGUUCAAUGCUCAAAAGUGGGUGGAUAUAUUUUAAUGUAUUCAGUUUGAGGAAAAAAAUGUUUUGAACAGGGUUGACUGUCCAUAUGUAUUUCACAGAGAUUUGUGUCAGUGUUUGUAGCAGAACAUGUGGAAUUUAAUAUUUUGAUAUUUUCCAAUAUUGUGCAAUACUGUGGCUUCACAUUAGGCUGCCAGCCUCCGUCACCUAGGCUGUAGUUCAUUUUUACAGACAAAAAAAAUCAUUUUUUUCUCUUUGUAAUAGUGAGGACAAUCAUGUGAUCCUUAAAAAAAUAAAUCCCCGACAAACUGCAGGUGAUAGGCAAGUGUUUUUAUGACGCAAUGUUUUGCCGGUAAUUUAAAAGCCAUGCAAGAGCCAAAAAUAGCCUCUGUUUUUGUGUAUGUUUUUUCUCUGAUAUUGUUAUUGGAAUGCUGUAUAUUAUAUGGUCUCACACUCAGUAAAGAUUUCGUUCCAAAAA